AUGGUUGAGCUAAUUACAACUCUCAUUCUUGCUGCAUCCUUCUUCGUGUUCCUCCUAAACAAAUGGAAGACUUCCAAAAAUAACAAAUCGACGAAACAGCUGCCACCGGGCCCCCGAAAACUUCCUAUAAUCGGAAACCUUCACCAAAUGAGCAACCAUCCCUUCCGCUGCUUGAGAGAUCUCUCCAACCAGAACGGCCCCUUGAUGCACCUCAAGCUCGGGGAGCGCAGCGCCAUCGUCGUCUCGUCCCCAGAGCUCGCGAAACAAAUGCUAAAAGAUCUCGACCCGCGCUUCGCCCAGCGGCCCGAGUAUUUAGCCAGCAAGAUCCUGUGGUACGCGGGCAGCGACAUCGGCUUCAGCCCCUACGGCGAGUACUGGCGCCAGAUGAGGAAGUUCUGCGUCAACGAGCUUCUCAGCACUAAAAUGGUGCGACUCUUCCAAUCGAUCCGGGAAGACGAGUCAGCUCGGCUGGUCGAAUACUUGCGCGAAUCUUCUGGAAGCUCCGUGAAUUUCACGGAGAAGCUCUUCUCCUUGUCGAGCUCCAUCACCUUCCGCGCUGCCUUUGGCGCGGCGUGCAAGGAUAAUGAGGCGUUGCGGAAGUUGAUUGAGCACACGAUGGAGAUGGUCGGAGGGUUUGAGAUGCUGGAUCUGUUCCCCUCGUCGAGACUCGUCGCCGCGCUGAGCUGGAGGAGGAUGCGCCUCCUCAAGACGAUGCGGCGCGAGCUCGACGUGAUCAUGGAUGAUAUUAUCGACCGGCAUCGGAGAAAUCGCGGCCGGAAUUCGGAGUUUGGGGGUGAGGAUUUGGUUGAUGUGAUUCUUAGGGCUCAGGAGGAAGAGCUGCUCCAGUUUCCAAUUGAUAACAAUAACAUCAAGGCGGUCUUGUAUGAUGUUUUCACAGCUGGAACUGAUACUUCAGCAGCAACUAUUGAGUGGACCAUGGUAGAACUGUUGAGGCACCCUCGAAUAAUGGAAAAGGUACAAGCUGAAGUAAGACGAGCCUUUAAAGAAAACCCUAGUUUUCAACAAGAUGAUGUGGUUUAUGAUCUGAAAUAUCUAAAACUGGUGAUAAAAGAGAGUUUGAGGCUACACCCACCGGGUCCAAUACUGCCCAGAGCUAGCAUCGAGGAGCAAGUGAUUAAUGGAUACACCAUACCUGCUGGAGCGAUGGUGAUGGUAAAUAGUUGGGCGAUGCAGAGGGACCCGAGCUACUGGAAAGAUCCAGAGAGGUUUGAGCCCAAGAGAUUCGAGACGGAAGAUCUCAAUUUUGUAGCUGGUGAUUGUAAGUAUUCGCCGUUUGGAAUUGGAAGAAGAAUGUGCCCUGGUUUGACGUUCGGUUUGGCUGCUGUGGAGUCGGCUCUAAUCCAAUUGCUCUACAACUUCGACUGGAAACUUCCGGAGGGUCUCAGGGCUGAAGAUUUGGACAUGACUGAAAAUGUUGGACUCACGGCUACAAGAAAGCAAAAUUUAUUUGUGGUUGUCAGUCCAUACAAUUAGAUCAUAUAUACUGUUAGG